GACUGUCACUAUUUUUUGUGUUAUAGAAAUUAUAGAAUAGAUAUGUUUGUUAGUAAUAAGCACGGUACGGAAGUACAAUUUCUAGGAAUUGUGUUAUAACCAAGGUGCCUUUUUCUUGAAACAAGCUGAGGACGGUUGUGUUCUCAUAAGUGGUCGUGUGGCUCCCAGUGAUAAUAGUGGGGAAAAAAGACUAUAACGCUGUCAUUGCAUUACACAUGUUCACUAUUAAGCAAUUUAAUGAACAAAUUGCAAGUUUAAAUGUACUUGCUUUGUACGGCCGACCGUAAAAGCCGCUACUACAAUUAACUUAUCGAAAAUGAUGGAGACUCGGUAUUACGAAGGUUGCGGGCGCGAAGGCCCCAUACGAUGUAUCUUUUUGAGCGAGUUUCAUCCCGUAGCUGGACCUAAAAUUGCUUGUCAGUUUCCAGAAGAUUAUAUAUCCAAAGAAGUAUUUGAUUCUAUAAGUGCCUUUAUCAUCCCCAAGCCUCAGAUACAAAGAUGCACAAUGACAAUAAAUGCUUUGGGCCACAAAAUAGUGGGCUACCCCAUCCGGAUAGACAGCUCGCGCUACGAACGGAACGCGUACCUGUUCAACCUCUGCUUCGUGUGUGACAGCUGGUCCAAAACUGUGCAGUACGAACCGGUCGUCAAGAAACUUGGAGAACAUUUGACUAUAAUGGAGGAAGAGACGCGUUUCGUGUCGAGCGGGGCCACGCGGCUGCCCACGCUGCUGGCGCACCUGCUGCACGAUCUCAACACGCAUCGCAAAUCAACGCUCGUCGAAGGCGACACGGUGAUGCACCUGAAGGUGGUGGAGGUCCGCGCGGACCCGGCCCCGGUGCACGAUCACGACGUGCCCGUGCUGGUGGCGAGCGUGGGCACGCCGCGGCCGGGCGCGCCGGGCCGCCGGGCACCGGGCCGCAGCGUACCUGCGCGCGCCUCGCCCGCGCGCCGCGCGCAGGAGCAGCACCUCGACAGCGACGUGCCCGUCGACGUCGACAUCAACGACGACUGGGAUCUCACUACCCGACAGAUCUUACCCCACAUCACGGGUUACAACCACGUGUCUAAGAUCGCGGCCGACACUAACGUCGAGAAGACUUUGGUUAAGUCUUGUAUUCAAAACCUUGUCUACUAUGGAGUGGUGACAUUAAUACCAGUGAUUAAAUUUACAAAUAUGUACCGAGCUACUCCGAACCUUAGCCGCCUGUUCAGUGAUAAGGAAUUACAGAAGUCAUGUUUGGCUUUCAUCACCAAAGGAUCAGAUAGCAAGGAAAAGCCGUCGAUAUCUGACGUACUGGAGAUGCUGUGCGCGCUGCAGCAGGGCACGACGCUGCGCGCCGUGUGCGAGCGGCACGCGGCCGGCGCGCGCGCCGCGUUCGACGUGCGCCGUCUCGUGCUGUACGCGCAGCUGCACGGCCUCAUCAAGUGUCUGAAAAGGUUCCCGGUGUACAUCCGGACGCCGAGCCGCGGCGCGGGGUUCGUGCGCGGCGGGGAGGUGCCGGGCAUCCGGCGGCUGUUCACCGGGCGGCACUGCGCCGACGAGAUCUGCUGCCUCGCGCGCAUCGACCUGCCCACGCUCGACCAGAUCAUCGAGGACGACCCCAACGUCGCUGUCAUUUGGAGAUAAACUACUAUCUUAUCACGUCAACGCCUUGGUCCCCCGCUGAGGCCCACGGUACGUGCAGUGUCUAUGGGUCAAACACUCUUUCAUACAGUACAUUGUAUCACUUUUCAGAACCGAUUUUGAGGUUAAGAUCAAGCUAACUAGAUUGCGACUUCUUUUACUUUUCCUUGGAGGGAACGGAAAGAAACACAUAGUUAAAUCUCAAUCAGAAGUAUUUAUAGGUAAAUAUUAGCAAAGAAAAUAAAGUCUAUAGAGACGGAUUGUCAAAGAAAAUUAUGUAGCCACUGUACAUUUACUGCCAUCUUUCGACAGAACAUAAAACUGUUAGAACGCCAUUUGACUUUGAUCCUUAUUCUUUCACUGAUAUGUGUUAACUUAUUAAAUAUUAAUAUUCACGCCAUCUACUCGACUAUAGGCCAAAGGUAUGGUUCCAUGUUUUCGAGCGAUGGCGCCACAACCUUCAGCCUAUGCUCGAGUAGAUGGCGUGAAUAUUAAUAUUUAAAAAGUUAACACAUAUCAGUCAAAGAAUAAGGAUCAUAGUCAAAUGGCGUUCAAACAGUGUUAAUCUUCUGUCGAAAGAUGGCAGUAAAUGAACUGUAGCUACGUAAUUUACCAUGACAGUAAUUCUCUUCUUCAAAUCCUCUUUGAUAUUAGUAAACAUUUCUAUGAUGGACGUGGUACCAGUAAUGGGAUAAUAUAGACAAAUCCUGUAAAAUUAGUAUUUAUCAUCAGUUUUAAAUACUGGCAAUAUUUUAUCAUAAACAAUAGCCAUAGAGCUGCUUUAGUUUGAUAUUUCUAUGUUUUAAAAUUAAUGGCUCCAUACUGGCAUUGCAUCAUUUAAGGAGGUAGGCGACAGUCAGGCAAGCUACUUACUACUACGAAUAAGAGCCAUAUAAUUCCAUCUAUAGGCACCAUUCGUUUUAAAGUGAUUUAAAAAACUUGACUCCUACACCGUGUCGGGUUACACUAUUUAAUAUUUUACGAAAUGUAUCAACUAAACAGUGCUGGUCACUAUUAGCGGUUGGCAACAACUGCUAAAAUGGGUCAUAAAUGGAAUCUGCACUUCAUUAAAAAGUUAAAAUUAUAUAUAUGUGUAGCCUAAUUGGAUAUUGUUGAAUGACAUUUUUGUCACGUCUUUAUCGACUAGUAUUAUUAAUAACCGCCUGGAUGUGGAUGGCUGUAACUACAAAAAAACGAGUUAGGCUACUUUUAAGAGGAGGGCGUAAAGCCACAGAAUAAAUAAUAGUACUAAGUACAGAAGACUCACUCUCUAACAAAACGCGUCUGUUACGAUCAGCACAGAUAUGGCCGCUAGGUGGCGACAGCGCCACGCGCGGCUUAUGGCAAACCCCAAAAUUGGGGCCGAACGGAUGUACUUUUAGCUACCUGUAGCAAAGCGACGAAAUCGCGGAGUGAGACACGCCUGGUAAAGCCAAGAAAUUAGAAGGAAACGAAAGAUAUGGCGCGCCGCGUGAAACUUGCGACAAAAUAUAUGCUUAAGCUU